AUGGCUGAUUGCUCCUUAGGCAAGGCCUAUCCUGAUGAUAAUCAAUUGGCCUACCACCUUAGCCUCCUGAAGCUUGAGAGUCAUGAAGAACAACUUGCAGAAGCCUCUCUUGCCCCGGUAUUUACAAGCCACGUGUUCAGGCGUUUCUCUGAUCUAUCUCUGCCAACACCCGCUGCUGAGGUUUCACAAUAUGGAUUGUUGGCUGGAAUCACGAAAGCAAACGGCUCGGAUCAUGAGGCUCUUGAAGAUAAAAGUACAUGGGAAAAAGACCCUAGACUUUUUUUCAACGUUUCAUCCCCCUCUAGCAUAUUCAUAUGUGGUUCUCAAGGCUCGGGGAAAAGUCACACCUUGUCAUGUAUUCUGGAAAGUUGCUUGAUCCCUUCCAAAGCAGGGAGGCUUUUAAAACCUCUUACCGCGGUUGUCUUUCAUUAUGACACCUUCAUCAGCGAUAACUCAGGCUCUCCCUGUGAAGCAGCCUUCCUUGCCUCAAACCCCCAAAUUAAAGUCAGAGUUUUAUGCGCCCCCACAAAUCUUCGAAACAUAAAGGUAAUGCAUUUUUUCCGAUCUGAUUCUACAGACAUACGCUCAUGUAGUCAGGGAACAUACUCGAGAUUCAAAAUCAAAGUCGAAGCCUUACGAAUUGAUCAAGCCGACCUGAACACCAAACGUAUGCUAGAUCUAAUGGCUGUCGGUCAAGACAAUGGCCCACUUCCACUAUACAUGCACACUGUUCAACGAAUUCUUAGAGAAAUGCGGAUCGAACAGCAGUCUCUGGGAACAGAUUUUGAUUAUGUCAAGUUCAAGGACCGAGUGGUUGAAUCUGGACUCACUCCAGCUCAACUUGAGCCACUAAAGCAACGUCUAGAUAGUCUAGAAAGCUUUAUGCCGCCAGAGCAGGCGUUUGGAAGCUUUGGAAAAAAGCCCAAAGGCAAGAGAUGGGGCUCUGACUGGAGACCACAGUACAUGGACAAUUCUGUCGAGGCACAAUCUUUUACCCAAAGUCUUCUCUCUACUGUGAGACUUCAGCGACAUCUUGGCAUCAGAAUCGUGAUUUCAACCCAAGAGCCCACGAUAUCGACCGCUCUUCUUGGCCUCUGCUCUGUCACCGUUGUUCAUCGGUUUUCAUCGCCGGAGUGGCUUCGCACAUUGAAAAGCCAUAUAGCAGGAGUAUCUUUAGGGGAAGAGGUCUCAAGAGAAUCCAGUGCGGGUGGAGAAAGGAGAAUGAUGUGGGAAAAGUCAUUGUUUGAGAGAAUAGUCCGUCUUCGAGUGGGUGAGGCAUUCCUUUUCUCCCCAAGUGCUGUAAUCGGAAACCCUGCAGGGAGGGGCAUUGAUGGUAUAGUUCAAAAAUUGGGACCUGGUUACCUGGAAGUAAAAAUCCGCAGCAGAUUGACUGAAGAUGGUGGGAAAAGCGUGGUAUCGUCUUGA